AUGCCUCAUGGGCAGUCCACCCGGUCUACGGGGUCCCCCAUUUCCGUCGUGCAAGCCACCGAGCAGCCCACAAUCCGCUGCGACAUUCGCCAGAGACACAAUCUCCCAUCUAGAUCAUGGGCGGUUCGUAUUUCUACAUGGGUCAACACUAACUAUUUCCUAUGGUCUUUGUGCGCUGGUCUUGCUGGCUAUCGUUCGGACGAGGAGUGGACCAAUGCCUUCGAGACCUACUAUCGGAAGACCUGGGAUGAGAUCCAGGCUAGAGUCCAGGAGAUGGACGGGCCUUACAGGUUCGGUGUUUCUAUUCCGAUGCCCCCGGUCAUGAAGGCCGUAGUCAUCCACCACCCCGAGAGUGGCCCUGCGGAGACAUUCACAGUUUCUCCGGAGGCUCGUCCAUUCUAUCUUGUCCCCCAGGUAACUAGUAUGUCUUCGGAUGCUGUAUGGGGACUUUUGCGGUUUGUGACUGAGCGUCAGUCCGCUGUGCCUGAUAUAUUUGACGUAGUGCUCGAUAUCUCGUCGCCAGCGCCUUCGUGCUCUGUAGAUACACAAAUGUACCAUAGUGUGGCUAGGAAGGGAGUAUCUCAGAAUGACUCGAAGGAUGAUGUGGUAGAUACAUUCUUCCGGUUUGGAAAUUGA